AUGUCUAAGCUUCUCCAAGGCAUUGCCACGGUCAUCGACGUUUUCUACCAAUACUCCACCCAGCAUGGGGAAUGUAGCACACUGAGCAAAGACGAGCUGAAAGAACUUCUGGAAAAUGAGUUUCGCCAAAUUCUGAAGAAUCCAGACGAUCCAGACACUGUGGACAUCAUCCUGCAAAGUCUGGAUCGAGAUCAUGAUGACAAAGUGGAUUUCACGGAGUAUCUUCUGAUGAUAUUCAAGCUGACUCAGGCUUGUAAUAAAAUUGUUGUCAAAGAUUACUGCCAAACUUCAGGGUCAAAGCAGAAACAUCGCAGUCACCACCACCAAGAGGAACACAGUGAAACAGAAGGAGGGGAAAACCAAAAACAAGGAUCCUCUUCCAAUUAUUCAAGUUCUAGUGCAGGAGGGAAUGGGUCAAUUUCCAGGGGCUCCAGAGGAAGCAUCACACACAGGUCUAGGUCCACCUCCAAAAAACUGAAGCAUCGAGGAUCUGGUUCAAGUCAUUAUGGCUUUGGACAACAGGGAUCUAGUUCAAGACAGUCAUCUGGCUCUGGUCAGUAUGGUUCUGGCUCUAGACAGUCUUCAGGCUCUGGUCAACGUAGAUCAAGCUUAGGUCAAUCAUCAACUCACGGGCAGCAUGAAUCUGGCUGUAGCCACUCUUCUAACUGUAGCCAACAUGGAUCCGGAUCUAGUCAGUCUUCAAGGUAUGGCCAACAUGUAUCAAGAUCAGGUACAUCUGGCACUGGUCAAUAUGGGUCUGGCACAGAGGGGUCUUCUGGGUUUGAUCGGCGUGGAUCUGGCCAAGCACAGUCUUCUGGAACUGGAAAACAUGGUUCAUUAUCAGGACAGUCUUCAGGCUGUGGUAAGCAAGGGUCUGGCUCAGGUCAGUCUUCCAGCUUUGGUCAGCAUGGAUCUGGCUCAGGUCAGUCCUCCAGCUUUGGUCAGCAUGGGACUGGCUCAGGUCAGUCUUCUAGUUUUGGUCAGCAGGGGACUGGAUCAGGUCAGUCCUCCAGCUUUGGUCAGCAUGGGACUGGCUCAGGUCAGUCUUCAAGCUUUGGGCAGCAGGGCACUGGCUCAGGUCAGUCUUCUAGCUUUGGUGAGCAUGGGACUGGCUCAGGACAGUCUUCCAGCUUUGGUCAGCAUGGUAGUGGCUCAGGUCACUCUUCCAGCUUUGGUCAGCAUGGGACUGGCUCAGGACAGUCUUCCAGCUUUGGUCAGCAUGGUAGUGGCUCAGGUCAAUCUUCCAGCUUUGGUCAGCAUGGUAGUGGCUCAGGUCAAUCUUCCAGCUUUGGCCAUCAUGGUAGUGGCUCAGGUCAAUCUUCCAGCUUUGGUCAGCAGGGGACUGGCUCAGGUCAGUCUUCCAGCUUUGGCCAUCAUGGGACUGGCUCAGGUCAAUCUUCCAGCUUUGGUCAGCAUGGGACUGGCUCAGGACAGUCUUCCAGCUUUGGCCAUCAUGGGACUGGCUCAGGUCAGUCUUCCAGCUUUGGCCAUCAUGGGUCAAGAUCAGGUCAAUCUUCCAGUGGAUCUGGUUCUGAAGAAUCUUCUGGCUUUACUCAGCAUGGAUCUAGCCAACGUCAGUCUUCCGGUAGCAGACAAUAUGGUUCUUCAUCAGGACAGUCAUCAUGCUGUGGCCAACAUGGAUCUAGCUCAGGUCAGACAUCCAGUUAUGGCCAGCAUGGUUCCGGCCCAGGUCAGUCUUCCAGCUUUGGCCAUCAUGGGACUGGCUCAGGUCAAUCUUCCAGCUUUGGUCAGCAAGGGACUGGCUCUGGACAGUCUUCCAGCUUUGGCCAUCAUGAGACUGGCUCAGGUCAGUCUUCCAGCUUUGGCCAGCAUGGGACUGGCUCAGGUCAGUCUUCCAGCUUUGGCCAUCAUGGGACUGGCUCAGGUCAGUCUUCCAGCUUUGGCCAGCAGGGUAGUGGCUCAGGUCAAUCUUCCAGCUUUGGCCAGCAGGGCAGUGGCUCGGGUCAAUCUUCCAGCUUUGGUCAGCAUGGGACUGGCUCAGGACAGUCUUCCAGCUUUGGUCAGCAGGGGACUGGCUCUGGACAGUCUUCCAGCUUUGGCCAUCAUGGGACUGGCUCAGGUCAGUCUUCCAGCUUUGGUCAGCAGGGCACUGGCUCAGGUCAGUCUUCCAGCUUUGGUCAGCAUGGAUCUGGCCAAGCUCAGUCUUCAACGUCUGAACAACAUGGUUCCUCAUCAGGACAGACAUCAUGCUGUGGUCAACAUGGAUCUAGCUCUGGUCAGUCAUCCAACUAUGGACAGCAUGGGUCUCAUUCAGGCCAGUCUUUCUCUGGCUCAGGUCAGUCCUCCAGCCUUGGUCAACAUGGGUCACACUCAGGUCAGACUUCAAGCUAUGGUCAACAUAGGUCAGGAACUAGCCCAUCAUCAGGUCACAGACAACAUGGCUCUGGAUCAAGACAGUCUUCCAGGUAUAGCCAAAAUGAGUCAGGGUCGGGAGAAUCAUCUGGUUUAAGUCAAUAUGGGUCAGGCUCAGAAGAGUCCUCUGGGUUCAGUCAGCAAAGAUAUGGCCAAGGUCAGUCCUCUGGGAAUAGACAACAUAGAUCUUCAGGUCAACCAUCAUCUUGUGGUCAACAGAGAUCUGGCUCAGGUCAGUCUUCCAACUUUGGUCGGCAUGAAUCUGGCUCAUAUCAGUCUUCUAGACAGGGCCAACAUAGGUCAGGAUCAAGGCAGUCUUCUAGACACAGGCAACAAAGGUCUAGUUCAAGGGAGUCAUCGACCUCUCAUCGGUAUGGGUCUGGCUCUGGAAGGUCUUCUGGCUUUGGCCCACAUGGAUCGAGCUUAGGUCAGUCAUCGACUCAUGGGCAGUCUGGAUCUGGCCAUGGCCGCUCUUCUAGCCACAGCCAACAUAGAUCAGGGUCCAGUCAGUCUUCUAGGUUUGGCCAUCAUGGGUCAAGAUCAGGUCAAUCUUCCAGUGGAUCUGGUUCUGAAGAAUCUUCUGGCUUUACUCAGCAUGGAUCUAGCCAACGUCAGUCUUCCGGUAGCAGACAAUAUGGUUCUUCAUCAGGACAGUCAUCAUGCUGUGGCCAACAUGGAUCUAGCUCAGGUCAGACAUCCAGUUAUGGCCAGCAUGGUUCCGGCCCAGGUCAGUCUUCCAGCUUUGGCCAUCAUGGGACUGGCUCAGGUCAAUCUUCCAGCUUUGGUCAGCAAGGGACUGGCUCUGGACAGUCUUCCAGCUUUGGCCAUCAUGAGACUGGCUCAGGUCAGUCUUCCAGCUUUGGCCAGCAUGGGACUGGCUCAGGUCAGUCUUCCAGCUUUGGCCAUCAUGGGACUGGCUCAGGUCAGUCUUCCAGCUUUGGCCAGCAGGGUAGUGGCUCAGGUCAAUCUUCCAGCUUUGGCCAGCAGGGUAGUGGCUCGGGUCAAUCUUCCAGCUUUGGUCAGCAUGGGACUGGCUCAGGACAGUCUUCCAGCUUUGGUCAGCAGGGGACUGGCUCUGGACAGUCUUCCAGCUUUGGCCAUCAUGGGACUGGCUCAGGUCAGUCUUCCAGCUUUGGUCAGCAGGGCACUGGCUCAGGUCAGUCUUCCAGCUUUGGUCAGCAUGGAUCUGGCCAAGCUCAGUCUUCAACGUCUGAACAACAUGGUUCCUCAUCAGGACAGACAUCAUGCUGUGGUCAACAUGGAUCUAGCUCUGGUCAGUCAUCCAACUAUGGACAGCAUGGGUCUCAUUCAGGCCAGUCUUUCUCUGGCUCAGGUCAGUCCUCCAGCCUUGGUCAACAUGGGUCACACUCAGGUCAGACUUCAAGCUAUGGUCAACAUAGGUCAGGAACUAGCCCAUCAUCAGGUCACAGACAACAUGGCUCUGGAUCAAGACAGUCUUCCAGGUAUAGCCAAAAUGAGUCAGGGUCGGGAGAAUCAUCUGGUUUAAGUCAAUAUGGGUCAGGCUCAGAAGAGUCCUCUGGGUUCAGUCAGCAAAGAUAUGGCCAAGGUCAGUCCUCUGGGAAUAGACAACAUAGAUCUUCAGGUCAACCAUCAUCUUGUGGUCAACAGGGAUCUGGCUCAGGUCAGUCUUCCAACUUUGGUCGGCAUGAAUCUGGCUCAUAUCAGUCUUCUAGACAGGGCCAACAUAGGUCAGGAUCAAGGCAGUCUUCUAGACACAGGCAACAAAGGUCUAGUUCAAGGGAGUCAUCGACCUCUCAUCGGUAUGGGUCUGGCUCUGGAAGGUCUUCUGGCUUUGGCCCACAUGGAUCGAGCUUAGGUCAGUCAUCGACUCAUGGGCAGUCUGGAUCUGGCCAUGGCCACUCUUCUAGCCACAGCCAACAUAGAUCAGGGUCCAGUCAGUCUUCUAGGUUUGGCCAUCAUGGGUCAAGAUCAGGUCAAUCUUCCAGUGGAUCUGGUUCUGGAGAAUCUUCUGGCUUUACUCAGCAUGGAUCUAGCCAACGUCAGUCUUCUGGUAGCAGACAAUAUGGUUCUUCAUCAGGACAGUCAUCAUGCUGUGGCCAACAUGGAUCUAGCUCAGGUCAGACAUCCAGUUAUGGCCAGCAUGGUUCUGGCCCAGGUCAGUCUUCCAGCUUUGGUCAGCAGGGGACUGGCUCAGGUCAGUCUUCCAGCUAUGGCCAUCAUGGGACUGGCUCAGGUCAAUCUUCCAGCUUUGGUCAGCAGGGGACUGGCUCAGGUCAGCCUUCCAGCUUUGGUCGGCAUGAAUCUGGCUCAUAUCAGUCUUCUAGACAGGGCCAACAUAGGUCAGGAUCAAGGCAGUCUUCUAGACACAGGCAACAAAGGUCUAGUUCAAGGGAGUCAUCGACCUCUCAUCGGUAUGGGUCUGGCUCUGGAAGGUCUUCUGGUUUUGGCCCACAUGGAUCGAGCUUAGGUCAGUCAUCGACUCAUGGGCAGUCUGGAUCUGGCCAUGGCCACUCUUCUAGCCACAGCCAACAUAGAUCAGGGUCCAGUCAGUCUUCUAGGUUUGGCCAUCAUGGGUCAAGAUCAGGUCAAUCUUCCAGUAGAUCUGGUUCCGGAGAAUCUUCUGGCUUUACUCAGCAUGGAUCUAGCCAACGUCAGUCUUCUGGUAGCAGACAAUAUGGUUCUUCAUCAGGACAGUCAUCAUGCUGUGGCCAACAUGGAUCUAGCUCAGGUCAGACAUCCAGUUAUGGCCAGCAUGGUUCCGGCCCAGGUCAGUCUUCCAGCUUUGGCCAUCAUGGGACUGGCUCGGGUCAUUCUUCCAGCUUUGGUCAGCAUGGUAGUGGCUCAGGUCAAUCUUCCAGCUUUGGCCAGCAGGGGACUGGCUCAGGUCAGUCUUCCAGCUUUGGCCAUCAUGGGACUAGCUCGGGUCAAUCUUCCAGCUUUGGCCAUCAUGGUAGUGGCUCAGGUCAAUCUUCCAGCUUUGGUCAGCAUGGUACUGGCUCGGGUCAAUCUUCCAGCUUUGGUCAGCAUGGUACUGGCUCAGGUCAAUCUUCCAGCUUUGGUCAGCAUGGUACUGGCUCAGGUCAAUCUUCCAGCUUUGGCCAGCAGGGGACUGGCUCAGGUCAGUCUUCCAGCUUUGGCCAUCACGAGACUGGCCCAGGUCAGUCUUCCAGCUUUGGCCAUCAUGGGACUGGCUCGGGUCAAUCUUCCAGCUUUGGUCAGCAUGGUACUGGCUCGGGUCAUUCUUCCAGCUUUGGUCAGCAUGGUUCUGGCUCAGGUCAAUCUUCCAGCUUUGGUCAGCAUAGUACUGGCUCGGGUCAAUCUUCCAGCUUUGGUCAGCAUGGUACUGGCUCAGGUCAGUCUUCCAGCUUUGGUCAGCAUGGUAGUGGCUCAGGUCAAUCUUCCAGCUUUGGUCAGCAGGGCACUGGCUCUGGUCAGUCUUCCAGCUUUGACCAGCAUGGGACUGGCUUUAGUCAUGGGUCUGGCUCAGGUCAGUCUUCCAGUUAUGGCCAACGUCAGUCAGGAGCAAGCCAGUCUUCUCGUCAUAGGCAACAUGGUUCUAGAUCAGGCCAGUCAUCUGGCUUAAGUCAAUAUGGUUCUGGAUCAGAAGAGUCCUCUGGGUUCAGUCAGCAGAAAUAUGGCCAAGGUCAGUCUUCAGGCACCAGACAACAUAGAUCUUCAUCAGGACAGUCAUCAGGCUGUGGUCAGCAGGGGUCUGGUUCAGGUCAGUUAUCUGGCUAUGGUCAAAACAGGUCAGGAUCAAGCCUGUCUUCCAGCCACAAACAACAUAGGUCUAGUUCAAGGGAGUCACUGAGAUCUGGUCAGCAUGAGUCUGGCUCAAGACAGUUUUCUGGCUAUGGUCAACAUGGAUCAAGCUUAGGUCAAUCAUCAGGACAUGGGCAGUCUGAAUCCGGCUAUGGCCACUCUUCUGGUCAUAGUCAAUCUUCCAGUUAUGGGCAUCAUGGGUCAAGUUCAGGUCAAUCUACUGGCUUUGGACAACAUGGGUCUGGUUCAAGACAGUCUUCUGGCUUUACUCAGCACAGUUCUAGACAAGGUCAGUCUUCAGGCACCAGACAAGGGGGAUCUUCAUCAGCACAGUCAUCAUGCUGUGGCCAGCAGGGCUAUGGUUCAGGACAGUCUUCCAGCUUUGGUCAGCAUGGGUCUGGUUCGGGACAGUCUUCUGGCUUUAGUCAACAUGCAUCUGGCCAAGGUCAGUCUUCUGGUAGGAGACAACAUGGUUCCUCAUCAGGACAAUCAUCGUGCUGUGGUCAGCAGGGCUCAGGCUCAGGUCAGUCUUCUAGCUGUGGUCAACAUAGAUCAGGAUCAGGCACAUCUAGCUGUGGUGAACGUGAGUGUGGCUCAGAAGAAUCCUCUAGAUUUGGACAACAUGAAACUGGGUCACAUCAUUCUUCCGGCUUUGACUAUCAUGGAUCUGGCUCAGGAGGAUCUACUGGCUUUAGUCAACAUCAGUCUGUAACAGGUCAAUCAUCUGGCAAUAGGCAAUAUAGAUCAUCAUCAGGCUGUGGUGGACAAGGCACUAGGUCAGGUCAGUCUUCCACCUAUGGACAGCCUGGGCUUGGUUCACAGCAGUCUUCUAGCUGUGGCCAGCAUGGAUCUGGGUACAUCUUCGUCCUCGGGUAA